AUGGCGCCGAGGUGGCCCUGGCUGGGGCCGCUCCGGCGAUGCCUCCUGGACGCGCUCCCGCUUCUGGCCCUGCUGCUCCGGGCGCGCGCGGCCUCGGCGGAGCCAGAGCGAGUGGUCACAGAGGUGGGGCUCCUCCAGCUGCUCGGGGAGCCCCCGCCCCAGCAGGUCACCCGGAUUGAUGACCCGGACGUGGGACCGGCCUUCGUCUUCGGUCCAGACGCCAACAGCGGCCAGGUGGCCCGGUACCACUUCCCCAGCCCGUUCUUCCGCGACUUCUCGCUAUUCUUCCACGUGCAGCCGGCCACCGAGGCCGCGGGGGUGCUGUUCGCCAUCACGGAUGCCGCCCAGGCCGUGGUCUCCGUGGGCGUGAAGCUGUCGGGCGUGAGUGACGGCCAGCAGCACAUCCAGCUCCUGUACACCGAGCCGGGCGCGGCCCGGACGCGCACGGCCGCCAGCUUCGCCCUGCCCGCCUUCACCGGCCAGUGGACGCGCUUCGCCCUCAGCGUGGACGGGGACACCGCGACGCUCUUCGUGGACUGCGAGAAGAUCCAGGGGGUGUCCUUGGCCCGGUCCCCACGCGGCCUGGAGCUGGAGCCCGGCUCCGGCUCCUUCGUGGCUCAGGCCGGAGAAGCGGACCCCGACAAGUUCCAGGGGAUGAUCGCGGAGCUGAGGGUGCGCAGUGACCCCCAGGUGAGCCCCACGCACUGCCUGGAGGACGAUGACGACGAUGAUGACGACGGGGCGUCAGGGGACUUCGGAAGUGGGCUGGCGGAGAACCCGGAGAUUCUCAAAAAGGACGAGGGAGCGCCCCUAAAACCCAGCCCCCCCGAGGCUCCCCCGGUCACUCCUCCUCCCUUGGCUGGAGGCAGCCACUCAGAAGAUUCCAGAACAGAAGAAAUCGAGGAACCAACCACGGUGUCUCUGUUGGGAGCUCAGACCCUUCCUGGCUCAAGUACAGUCAUCACCUGGGACCGCAGAGAUGUCAUGGAAGAGGAUCUCACAGGCUCAGUGGUGCAGAGCCCCCCUGCACGGGCUCUCCCUGGGCCGCAGGGGCCCCCUGGACCCGCAGGGCCCCCCGGGAAGGAUGGUGCCCCUGGAAGGGACGGUGAGCCAGGCGACCCUGGGGAGGACGGAAGACCCGGGGACAUCGGCCCGCAGGGCUUCCCGGGAACCCCAGGAGACGUGGGCCCCAAGGGUGAGAAGGGGGAUCCUGGGGUUGGGCCAAGAGGUCCCCCAGGACCACAAGGGCCUCCGGGGCCACCAGGACCCUCCUUCCGACACGACAAGCUGACCUUCAUCGACAUGGAGGGGUCCGGGUUCAGCGGUGACCUGGAGAACCUUCGGGGCCCGAGAGGUUUCCCUGGCCCCCCUGGGCCGCCCGGCGUCCCAGGCCUUCCCGGAGAGCCAGGCCGAUUCGGGGUGAACAGCUCCAUCGUCCCAGGACCCGCAGGCCUUCCUGGUGUGCCUGGGCGGGAUGGACGCCCUGGGAUCCCCGGCCCCCCAGGACCUCCGGGAGCCCCAGGAAAAGACGGGCGGCCAGGAGAGGCCGGCCAGAAAGGCAGCCUGGGCAAAGUGGGGACCCCAGGACCUAAGGGAAGCAAGGGAGACUCUGGACCCAUGGGUGCUCCCGGAAAGAACGGCUUGGCAGGAGCCCCCGGACCAGCAGGACCACCAGGACCCCCAGGACCCCCCGGGCCUCCAGGACCAGGCCUUCCCCCAGGGUUUGAUGACAUGGAAGGCUCCGGGGGACCCUUCUUGCUGUCAGCCCGAGGUGCUGAUGGGCUGCAGGGAGCACCGGGCCAACCUGGAGCCAAGGGGGAUCCUGGGAUAGCUGGCUCACCAGGGUCCAAGGGAGAAGCCGGUGCCGACGGCCCCCGUGGCUUUCCUGGCCUCCCCGGCAAAGAGGGCGUGGCUGGAGCCCAGGGACCAAAAGGAGAAAAAGGAACCCAGGGAGAGAAAGGUGACCCAGGCAAGGACGGCGUGGGGCAGCCAGGGCCCCCCGGGCCCCCCGGACUCCCGGGGCCCGUGGUCUACGUGUCGGAGGAGCAGAACGGCCAGCCGGGGUACGCAGGCCUCCCCGGACCAGCUGGGCCGAAGGGAGAAAUGGGCUUCAGAGGCCAGCAGGGCCCCCCGGGACCCAAGGGUGAGAAGGGUGAGCCCGGCAUGGUCUUCAGUGCCGAUGGCAGAAUGCUGCCCCCUGCCCAGAAAGGAGCCAAGGGGGAGCCCGGCUUCCGAGGACCUCCGGGUCCGUACGGACGGCCUGGGCACAAAGGAGAGAUCGGCUUCCCCGGGCGACCGGGUCGUCCUGGGAUGAAUGGAUUCAAAGGAGAGAAAGGGGAGCCAGGAGACACCAGGGUCGGAUUUGGUGCACAGGGCCCACCCGGCCUCCCAGGGCCUCCGGGGCCUCCUGGGCCGCCAGGCCUUCCCGGGACCCCUGUCUACGACAGCAACGCAUUUGUGGAGUCUGGCCCCGCGGGACCUCCCGGUUUGCCAGGGCACCAGGGGCCUUCUGGACCGAAGGGGGACAAAGGAGACGUGGGCCCGCCCGGACCACCAGGGCAGUUCCCGUUCGACCUCCUCAAUCUAGAAGUUGAACUGAAGGGCGACAAGGGUGACCGAGGGGACACCGGGCAGAAAGGAGAAAGGGGUGAGCCCGGGGGUGGCGGAUUCUUCGGCUCUGGUGUGCCUGGACCCCCUGGCCCGCCUGGCUACCCCGGCAUUCCGGGUCCUAAAGGAGAGAGCAUCAGGGGCCAGCCCGGCCCACCUGGACCUCAGGGACCCCCUGGCAUUGGCUAUGAAGGGCGCCAGGGGCCUCCGGGACCCCCUGGUCCUCCAGGGCCCCCGGGGCCGCCUUCCUUUCCCGGCCCCUACAGGCAGACUAUCAGCGUUCCUGGCCCCCCUGGUCCCCCUGGGCCUCCAGGCCCCCCUGGAUCCCUGGGCACCUCCUCAGGGGUGAGGAUCUGGCCCACGUACCAGACCAUGCUGGACAAGGUGCCCGAGGUACCCGAGGGCUGGCUCAUCUUCGUGGCUGACAGGGAGGAGCUGUACGUCCGCGUCCGAAAUGGGUUCCGGAAGGUCCUGCUGGAGGCCCGGACACCACUCCCACGUGGGACGGACAACGAAGUGGCCGCCUUGCAGCCCCCCCUGGUGCAGCUGCACGAGGGAAACCCGCACCCCCGGUGGGAACUGCCCCCCUCCACCGCACGACCCUGGCGGGCAGAUGACAUCCUGGUCAGGCCCCCACGCCUGCUGGACCCCCAGCCCUACCCGGGAGUGCCGCAUCACGGCUCCUACGUGCACUCCCGGCCAGCCCACCACCCCACUGGCGCUCCCGCCCACACCCACCACGACUUCCAACCGGUGCUGCACCUGGUCGCCCUCAACGGGCCACAGCCCGGCGGCCUGCGUGGCAUCCGCGGCGCCGACUUCCAGUGCUUCCAGCAGGCGCGCGCGGCGGGGCUGGCGGGCACCUUCCGUGCCUUCCUGUCGUCGCGCCUGCAGGACCUCUACAGCAUUGUGCGUCGCGCAGACCGGGCCACCGUGCCCAUCGUCAACCUCAGGGACGAGGAGCUGUUCCCCAACUGGGAGGCCUUGUUCUCGGGCUCCCAGGGCCAGCUGAAGCCAGGGGCCCGCAUCCUCUCCUUUGACGGCAGGGACGUGCUGCAGCACCCCGCCUGGCCACAGAAGAGUGUGUGGCACGGCUCGGACCCCAGCGGGCGCCGGCUGACGGAGAGCUACUGCGAGACGUGGCGGACUGAGGCCGCCACGGCCACGGGCCAGGCCUCCUCGCUGCUGACGGGCAGGCUGCUGGAACAGAAAGCCGUGAGCUGCCACCACGCCUUCAUCGUCCUCUGCAUCGAGAACAGCUUCAUGACCUCCUCCAAGUAG